GAUAGAAAACUUGCAAAUGCGUAUUGACGCCCAUAGAUAACAUUUCUCGCGCUGGGGAGAACCGACAAUAUCAUGACAACAAUAUCUUAACUCGAUCAAGUGAAAGUAAAACUAUCGCAACAAGAAGACCCUUUAAGUAAAAGCAGAAGACGACAAAAACAAACUCAUGGAUUAUUUGGACACCAAACCCAGCGCACUCCAUUGUAGGGUGUAGGAUGGGAACAAGCUUUUAUCCGCCAGAGGAAAUACUUGGAAUAUCAACCAUAAUGAUGAAGAAAGACAUGAGCUUAAACCUAGACGAUCAGAACAGCUCCAGUUUAAAGCCGGAUCUGAGGGAUGCCGAGGGGAUCCUCAAUUCGCCCGACCUGGGACUCCUAAAACUAGCGUCACCAGAGCUGGAGAGGUUGAUCAUCCAGUCCAAUGGCAUGGUCACGACCACACCGACCUCCCAGUUCGUCUACCCGAAGUCGGUAACCGAAGAGCAGGAGUUCGCAGAGGGCUUCGUGAAAGCCCUGGAAGACCUCCACAAACAGAACCAGCUAAAUGGCGGACCGUGCGUUCCACCGACGCUCAACAGACUCCCGUCCAGCGCCACCCUCGCCCUGCCCGUGGAUCUUCCGGUGUACACGAACCUGAGCGCGUACGGCGGCACCACGGUGAACUAUUCCACGGACACCAUUCCCUUCCCACCGCCGCCGCCCGCGCAUCCCAUGAGCGCGCAACAGUCCCUGAAGGACGAGCCGCAGACGGUACCGGACAUGCAGAGCAUCGGCGACAGUCCGCCGCUGUCUCCCAUCGACAUGGACACGCAGGAGCGCAUCAAGGCCGAGAGGAAAAAGCUGCGCAACCGGAUCGCCGCUUCCAAGUGCCGCAAGAGGAAACUGGAGCGGAUAUCCCGACUGGAAGACAAAGUGAAAACCCUUAAAAACCAAAACACGGAGCUCGCGUCCACGGCCAGCGUGUUGAGAGAACAAGUGGCGCAGUUAAAGCAGAGAGUCAUGAACCACGUCAAUAACGGGUGUCAACUGCUGCCUAACCAAGUUCAAGCGUAUUAGAGGACGUUCAUCUCUAUUUGUCAGUAUUCCAGUGGUUGACAGACAACACAGGCAGGUUUAUAGAUCAUGGUUUUUAGUUUAAACGUGCAUUUAACUUAAUAACGCACUACAGGCUGUGCUUUAUUGUGAAUAGACGCGCGACUUUAAAACUUUCAAAGUAAAUUUACCAAGAGCAACAUGUAGCCGAUACAUUAUUGUUGCGCUAAUAUGAAACAUUUUCAUACACACUAAAUCAAGCUCUUGAUUCCGUUAAGAACCCUCAACAUCCACCUUUCUGUUGCGCAAAAGUGUCUUUACCGUGGGAAGUGCGUACUGCGUAAAAAGUGAGAAAGAAAUGUAUCUUUUGAAACCUUUGCCUUAAAAGGUUCUUUGGAGACCAAAACUUGGCAUCACUAAAAACCCUUUCCGAACCUUUAUUUUUAACAGUGUGACUUGGAAACGUAGGUGUUUUUUAAAACUCCAUAUUUCCAGGUUAUAAAUGACAAUGGAAACCCUGACUUUCACAAUGAAGCACAGUCUCGACUGCCCUUCAUUACAUAGCCUAACAAAAACAUGAACACAACUUUUCAGCUUGUGUUAAUAUUCAGAAAGUGAAUGCUUUUCAUGUCUAAAUGGGAAAUAGGCAGUAAGUUAUGUUUAGACAUUUGUCAUUCAACAUCUAUUGUAAGCAUCUCCUACUGCAGGCCACUCCUGUGAUGUCAACUCUCUGUUCACUGAUGCAUAAAGAUCACAGACUGAACUCUUUGGACUGUUGAAUUGGACACUAAAGGUGCUGAUGUAAAUAAACUUUAUGUUUACAACAUUUUGUAGCAAAUGGACUUUUGUGCUCCGUUGCAUUGGGAGACGAUGGCAACUGUGCAACAUUAUUUGAUCUCAUCUCUGAAGAUCUACGCGGCUGUAUUUUUGCAUGCUCGAGACAAGCUCAAAAUGAGUGCAACCAAACACAACAAAGAUGUCAUGCAUGUACGCUUCAUAUUAAAGGCCUUUUCUCAUGACAAGCUCUUAUUAAUCUAUGACUGUAUCGAUUUUAUACUAUUCACAUGAUGUCUUAUUUUAUGUUCUUUUGGAUUAUGUGUGUUGUGUUGUAAAUGUAAAUGUUUCCUCGUCACAUGUCAUUUAUUGUUCUUUAUAUGUUAUCAGUGUGAUCUGUACAUUAAGUGUCAUUAAAUCCUGUUCAAUUCACACGUUUAA